UGUUUUAAAUAUGAUUUGGUGGCUCUGAAGAGAGCCUAUUUUGUUGUGAUUUUUUUAUAUGACGGGAUAAAUUUAAUUUUCGAAACCAUACAAUGUGCGGCCUUGGCGUUUCAAUACAUAGACAAUAUCCAUAACGGUGACUGUCUUUCGCUUGACGUGCUCGGUGUAUGUAGCAUUGCACAAAAUAUCUCUUUUCGAUGACAUCUCCGACGAUUUUGCGCCAAAAAGUAUAAAUGGGGCGCAAACGUCCGCGCGUGAUUAUUCAUUCCGUGUUUGUCUCUCGUUGAGUAAGCAUCGAAAGUAAAAAGAAAAAGAAGAAGAAGUAGAAGCAAUGGUCCGUACCAAGCAAACUGCUCGUAAAUCAACUGGUGGAAAGGCACCGCGGAUGAUCGGUCGCCUCGGUCUCCCCCGUCGUAGAUUAAUAAGUGAAAUGACACCUCGCAGACAAAUCGGCAGUAAAUACACUAGGAUAACUUGUCCAGCCACCAGAGGUGUGAAAAGGCCACAUCGUUACCGUCCAGGAACAGUUGCUCUCCGUGAGAUUCGUCGUUACCAGAAGUCGACCGAAUUGUUGAUACGCAAGUCGCCAUUCCAACGGUUGGUUCGUGAAAUCGCCCAAGAUGUCAUGACCGAUUUGCGUUUCCAGAGCUCGGCCGUUCUCGCUUUGCAAGAAGCCAGUGAAGCAUACUUGGUCGGCUUGUUCGAGGACACCAACUUGUGCGCCAUCCACUCCAAACGCGUCACAAUCAUGCCAAAAGAUAUGCAAUUAGCUCGUCGUAUCCGUGGCGAACGUUUUUAAGUGGAGAUGCAACUAAUUUCCAACAAAAAACGGCUCUUAGAGCCACAAAUGUAUAAAUUUAAAAGAAUUUUUGAUCAUCUUACUUACAUUUAUCGCAGAUAUAAUUUUAUUUGAGAAGUAGUUAGGUUUACAUUUUUGAAAUAAAAUAAUUGCAUUAUAGCGCAUAAACACUG